UCAGUUGUUCAGAGACUCUUGAAGCGAGUACAAUAUCAAAAUAAGGAGUUAUGCUAUUCGGUGUUUGUUUCGAAAAAAUAAUACACAUUUAUCUUCAAACGCACGCUUAUUAGCAUAUCAGUCUAUGUGCAUGUAGACCGUAAACGUAAAGUAGUUGUUAAAGUAGAACAGUCAAUCGUGAUAAAUUCAGGACUCAUUUUGUGACAUCAAUAAAGAAAUUGAGGUGAACUCGGUGAACUUUUCUAUGAAUAUUUUGGUUCUUGCAUGUGGUAAAAUUCGAAUGAAAAUGUACCAUCUGUGGAGCCAUCUAUUGGACGAUACGAGACUUAUUUAGGAUCAAUCGCUGCGCUGGAAAAGGAAUCACCAAUAAUUUGCCACAUCUUAACAAAAAAAACCAAAUGAUUGCACCAUGACAAUCAUCUUAUUUCUGGUCGACACAUCGGCGUCGAUGUGUCAAAAAGCCUACGUAAAUGGUGUACAAAAAAGCUAUCUGGAUAUUGCAAAGGGGGCAGUUGAAACAUUUUUGAAGUAUCGCCAGCGGUCGCAAGAUUGCAUGGGAGAUCGGUACAUGCUGUUAACGUUUGAAGAUCCACCAGCGAAUGUCAAAGCUGGCUGGAAGGAAAAUCAUGCAACGUUUAUGAAUGAAUUGAAGAAUCUACAGAGCACUGGUCUCACAUCUAUGGGUGAGGCACUGCGGAAUGCAUUUGAUUUGCUAAAUUUGAAUCGCAUGCAAUCGGGCAUUGACACGUACGGUCAGGGACGCUGUCCGUUUUAUUUGGAACCGUCGGUUAUUAUCGUCAUCACGGAUGGAGGUAAAUAUUCGUUUAAGAAUGGAGUACACCAGGAAAUCAGUUUGCCGCUGAACACGCAGACAACUGGCGCAAAAUUGACGAAAGAACCGUUUCGAUGGGACCAGCGAUUAUUUUCAUUGGUAUUACGAAUGCCUGGGAAUAAGGUCGACGAACGCGUAGAAGGUAAAGUUCCUCAUGAUGAUUCACCUAUCGAAAAAAUGUGUGAAGUAACUGGUGGCCGAUCGUAUCGCGUCAAAUCACAUUAUGUAUUAAAUCAGUGUAUCGAAAGUCUUGUACAGAAAGUUCAACCUGGCGUUGUCGUUCAUUUCGAUGCAGCAAUGCCAAAAGAUUUACGGGAUGGUGACGUGCAAGACAUUGUGUUAGGUUCGACGAAAAAGAUGAUCUACGUGCAGAAGCAUCCAACGCAAAAAACAUUUCCAGUUGGUUAUUGGCCGAUACCCGAACCGUACUGGCCCGAUCAAAAGGCACCGAAUUUGCCGCCACGUGAUGCUCAUCCAAAAAUCCGUAUCGUUACGCCAUGCAUCGAUGAACCGAUAUUAUUGCGAAAUUUUCCGGUUGACAAGUACGAGGUGGAAGCGAGUCCGUUGACCUUGCAGAUACUGCAGUUUCAAAAGCGAGAGCCCAGUAAAUGUUGGCCGGUCAUUGUACUUAACGAUACGAAAACUCAACAAAACACUCCACAUCAAAAUCCUCCGGAAAUGCCGUUCGGCUAUCUGAAAGCAAAUUUGAAUUUGACACAAGUUCAUUUAAUGAUCCUGCCGUACAAUUAUUUAAAUCUACUGCCGCUGUUGAACGAAUUAUUUAACAAAUUUAUGCUGAGUCCACCGAGCGAAUGGGUAUACAAAUUCACCACGUACGUUCGCACAAUACCGCAGUACUACGCACCAUUUCUGCGACGCGCUCUACUCAGUGCUCAAGUACCAGUACCUCUACUUCAGUACAUUCUACCCGAAACGUUAGACAACUAUCUGAGUCCAACAGUUGCAAACUACUUAAAAACGAUGAAGAACACUGCCAAGCAAGAGCAGGAGAAUAUGUGCUUAAGAGUAUUUAAGCAAUUGAAAAUGGCUAAGCCAGCGUAUCACCAAGUGGAAGCGGCGAAGCUCAAUUGUGCACUCACAUUGAAACGUGACCUGGUCACACAUCCGCAACUGCGCGAAACAUUCAGCAAAAUUCACCUGGAAAUAAACACAUACGAUAACUACACCAUAACCGUUCCAACUGGCUUUCAACAGUGUUCGGCUAAAAAUUAUCGAAAUCCGUUUGAUGUUCCUCGGCGUGAUUUAAUUGAUGAAAUUUCAAGAAUGCGCGAAAAUUUCCUCAGGAUUCCGACAAACAAAAUCAAUGUUUUCACAAAAGAUGCCGGUCAUUGCUUACCUAUCUCGGAAAUGGGUAAUUAUCAAGAAUAUCUGAAGAGUAAGCAGAGUCCGUUGCGAGAAAUCGAACCGACGAAUGUACGCCAACAUAUGUUCGGCAAUCCGUACAAAAAGGACAAACAUAUGGUCAUGGUGGACGAGGCUGAUCUGGGCGACGUUGCUCCGAUGAAACCGAACGCAUCAAAUGCACCGAAAAAGACUGACCCCAAUAGCCGACCGAGAAAGCGCAAAGCCGGUCCAAUUAGAAAGGACUAUGUGUUUAAGCGACUAUCAACUGAUUCGCGCGAAAGUGUCAGCACAACAUCGUCGACAUGCUCGUCACCACCGAGCACAUUCGAUUCGGAUGACGAUGUAUCGAUUUCGGACACAUCUUCUACGCGAAUGGAUGACGAAUCGGAAAAUGAGCUCGUUAUCGACUUCGACAAUGACGAAUCAUCCAACGAAGACUUCAACGUUAACGGCCAUGUUCAAAGCUUCAUCAAUGGUGAUGAAGAGGCAGAUGAACCACCAAUAAUACCACCUGCAUUGAAUACAUUGCCACAUCUUCCAACACCGUCGUUGCUGAAUAGCAAACCGUUCAGUUCUACAACAACAACAUCACCAAUCGUACCUACACCUCCGUUACUAUUAUUGCCGCCACCUCUUUCAACAUCAAUUAUCAUUCAACCGUCGCCGUUGAACAAUGGACCAACAAUGCCCAUAUCACCGCAAAAUGAUUACGAAGCACAAGAAAUUUCGAAAAUACUACAACAAUGCACCAACGGCAUGGAUCAGCAACGUUUGAUCGAUCACAGAGAACAAAAGGAUAGAGACUUUCGCGAACACAAUCGGGAAAAUCGCGAGCAAAAAGAUCAAAAGGAACAUCACAAUGAGGAUCACUGCAAUCGAAUUGAAUUGAACGAGAAUUCGAACAAUGGCGACGAAGCCACCAACAACGGUCAUCAUAACAAUCAUCAUCAAGCGAAUCUUAAGUCGGAAAAGAACUCCGCCAAAAUCAAGGAACCUCCGGUCGACAUCGACGAUCUGGACGACGAACAAAAAGAGAAUAUCAAACAGAACAAUAUGGAAGCUAGAAAUGUUAUAUUCAAAGACAUCCGUCGUCCGGGCAGAGACUAUUCGGCGCUACUGGAUCAUUUGAAUAUGGUGAAAGGGAAUUUCGACACAAAAUUCACAUUCAUUGAAAUGUGUAUCAAUGAAUCGUUACGGUUUCGACGGCGAAAAAUGGCCGACACAAUCCAAGAGUGGUGGUAUAAACAAGUUGAUAAAUUGAAUAUUCCUACAACGUGAUAUACCGUGUCUAGUGUCUAUUUUGAAUUGGUCGCGCGUUAGUGUAUAACGAGAAGAGACGUUAAGUCGUUCGCCGCGAACGAACUGAUAUACGUGUCCAAUUACAGAAAACAUUAACCGUGAGUUUUAUUUCGUUUAGUGUCCUUUUAUUUAAUAACUUCACAUCCGACGGCUUUUCUUUUAGGUAUUCUAUAUAUCAAAUGUUAUAUUAAGUACAAAAUAAAAGUCUAUUUACCGAUAAAAAAAACGAAAACAAAACCUACUACAGAGCUUCAUAUACAUUCAGACUGUCCACGAUAACAAUAUUAUUCGAAAAAUGUUCAUCAAUUUGUCCGGUUGUCCUAAUGUUUCCAUUUUAUUUAAAGUAUGACAUCGUUAAGUAGUCGACCGAUUCCAUUCC